AUGUCUCAGUCUGUCCAAGUCGAGGAGCAAGGUGACACAAGUAGCCGCGGAUCUUCAAUCCGACAACCCGUCUCCAAGCAAAGUAAAUUGUAUGAGGAAAUUUGUGUUUCUUGUGAAAAGACUAAAGACCUUCAAGGAACAAAAACUAGAGAGGCACUUAUUCAGUGUGUUGACCUACAUGCUGAUAACAUCAUCAAGAGAGCAGCAGUGAGUAAAAACCAUGGAAGUAUAAUGACUAUUGUCAGCAGAGAAGUUAUUGCGGCAGAAGCUUGUUACCAUAAAUCUUGUUAUCAUGAUUACACUAAAAACGUUCAAGGAGGUGUUAAUGCAAAAUCACAAGCCUAUGAGAGUUUGUUUACCAAAACCAAAACAGGCUUGUUUCAAAACCAGAGGGUUGUUAGAAUAGCCGAGUUAUACACCUUAUUUACAUCUUUCUUGAAGUCUCAAGAAGUCGUGGAAGUGGAAGUCAAAGAAUCUACAAGAACCCAUUUCAGAAGAAACCUUGAAGGAGAAUUUAGAGAUACACCAGAUUUUGAAGACCUUUAUAGCAACAAACAUGUUUUUGUUUUUCCGCAUAGCCUUUCCAGACUGGAUUUGGCCAAGCUAGCGAUGGAGAAGUGUGAUUGUGCUUCGCCUUUUAAACAGUGCCAAAUAUAUUUCAAAGACCACCGUCCACCUUAG